AUGGAGAACUUCAUCACGGGCUACCCAGGCCACGAGCACGAGAUGCGGCGUGCGCUCAAGGCCGUCCUCGGCCCCGAGAAGUACGAGUACUUCUUCGAGCGUUUCCUGACGUACUUCUUCGACGAGGCCGAUGCGGCCUUCUUCGCCUCGUUGGGGCUCAACUGUCUCCGUCUCCCCGUCAACUACCGACACUUUGAGGACGACAUGAAUCCGCGUGUCUUCAAAGAGGAAGGGCUGCGCCACCUCGACCGCGUCGUGGACCUCUGCGCCAGGCACGGCAUCUACACCAUCAUCGACCUGCAUGCUGCCCCCGGGGGCCAGAAUGUGGACUGGCACUCUGACAGCGGCAUCGCGAAAGCGCUGUUCUGGGGCCACAAGGACUUCCAGGACCGCACGGUGCUGAUCUGGGAGAAGCUGGCGCAGCACUACAAGGGCAAUCCCUGGGUGGCGGGGUACAACCCGCUGAACGAGCCGACGGACGUGGAGCAUACACGCCUGCUCGCCUUCUACGAGCGGGUCGAGAAGGCCAUCCGCGCCAUUGACGCCGAGCACAUCCUCUUCCUGGACGGCAACACGUUUGGCGCCGACUUCAGCAGGUUUGGCAAGCCGCUCCCCAACUCGGUCUACGCCUGCCACGACUACAGCAACUAUGGCUUCCCGAACCCUCCCGAGCCGUUUACGCGGAGCGAGAAGCAGAUCGCGACGCUGGAGCGCCAGUUCGAGCGCAAGAUCAAGUACAUGCGUGAGAUCGGGGGACCGGUGUGGAACGGCGAGUUUGGACCCGUAUACGCCAGCCCUGAAGAUGGAGACGACUACGAGAAGACGAAUGAUGAGCGCUACGCCGUGCUCGAGGAGCAGCUCAAGAUCUACGCGCGUGUCAACGCCUCCUGGUCCAUCUGGCUGUACAAGGACAUUGGCUUCCAGGGCAUGGUCUACGUCGACCCCGAAACACCUUAUAUGAAGCUCCUCAAGCCGUUCCUCGAGAAGAAGAAGCAGACGGCAGUGGACGCCUGGGGCUGCGAUGACACGCCCGUUCGCGACGUGUUUGUGCCCAUGGAGAGGUGGCUCACCGAGUCAGCGCCCGGGAUUGAGAAACUCUAUCCGCCCAUGUGGCGCGCUCACAAGCAUCUCUUCCGCCGGGUGCGGAACUGUCUCCUCGGAGAAGUCAUGUGUGACGAGUACGCCGAGUACUUCCGCGACAAGACGACGGAGGAGCUCGAUGAGCUCGCGAAGAGCUUUGCGCUCGCCAAUUGCCAGAAGCGGGACAGGCUGAACCAUAUCCUGACCGAGGACGGCAAGCGCGAGGUCAAUGAGUAG